GCCCCUGGGUGCUCUCACAACUAACACGACCACGAUGGCAUCGAAGGUUGCCACGAAGCUGAACGGCACACAGCUCAUCCACGCCGAUGACGAGCUUCACGGUGCGGAGGUAGCGCCCUCCAUCUCCGUCUCCACCACCUUCCGGGCGCCCAACCCGCUGGAGACGACCGACGCGGAUGAAUUUGACGUGUGGAACCCCACUCGCCAUAUCUACUCGCGCUACACCCAGAACGUGAGCGGCCGUGCCGAGCGCGUCCUCAGCAAGAUCAACGACGGGUACGCUAUUACGCUCGCUUCUGGGCUCGCUGCCACCUACGCCGCCCUUGUGUACUUCAAACCCAAGCGUAUCGCCAUUACCGGAGGGUACCACGGCUGCCAUGCCUCUAUCGACGUCUACAAGCGCACCCGUGAGACUGAGCUGCCCCUCAUCGGCAUCGACGAUGAGUUCCAGCCUGGCGAUCUCUGCUGGCUCGAGACUCCGCUCAACCCGACCGGAGAGGCUCGUGACAUCAAGUACUACGCUGACAAGGUCCACGCCGCCGGUGGUUGGCUGCUCGUGGACUCGACCUUUGCCCCGCCCCCCAUCCAGUACCCCUUCAAGUGGGGUGCGGAUAUCAUCAUGCACAGCGGCACGAAGUACUUCGGUGGACACUCUGACCUGCUCUGCGGUGUUCUGGUUGCCCCCACCCUGGAGAAGUGGAAGGAGCUCUGGCACAUCCGCACGUUCCUCGGCAACAUGAUGGGCUCGCUCGAGUCUUGGCUUCUCCUGCGCUCCCUCCGCACCCUCCACUUGCGCGUGCCGCGCCAGUCGGAGAACGCCUACGAGCUCGCGCAAUGGCUAUCCAAGGCCGCCGGGGGCAAGUCCUCUGAUGGUAUCCCCGCUGGCAUUAUCGAGAAGGUGUGGCACUCAAGCCUGCAGGGCGUGGACGCGCGCGGGUUCGACCCGAAGACUCAGCUUGAGGGCGGAUGGAACCCCACGUUCGCGCUGAUUACGACGAAGGAGGUAUACGCGGCGCUCCUGCCGCACACCGUCAAGUACUUCAUCCCCGCAACCAGUCUCGGCGGCGUCGAGUCGCUCAUCGAGCAGCGCAUCCACUCCGACCCGGGCGCUGACCCGCGCCUCAUUCGCAUCAGUGUUGGUAUCGAGGACGUCGAGGAUCUCAAGAACGACUUGAGGAGGGCCUUCCAGGAGAUCCUCAAGCACCCCAAGGCGAAACUUUGAGCAACUCACUAGAGCUUGUGUGUCGUUUUGUGCUCUGUAGAAUUUAGAAAGAAGGUUUGGACGGUGGUUUGGCGGUACUACUACCGUUUGUGCAAUUCAUGUGUUGG